GAGAUGGGGAGAUAGAAUUGAGCACUUAAAAAAACCGUAGUUUACUCAUAUACACACAGUAGCGACAAAGUACAGUGUGUGUUCUCUCUGUUUCUCUGUCUUUCAUCGAACCAAAAUUCUUUGAUUCUCUGUUCUGUGUUCAAAUUCAAAUAUGACGAGCAAGGAUUAAUUCAAUCACACAACCACUGGUUUUCGCAAAAGAAAUAAACACAGAGAAACAGAAGAAGAAGUAAGACAUCUUUUUUUUCUGGUGUGUAGCAUAAAAUCGAGUCCAAUCCUAUCUAUUGACAACAUACUGUGCAACCCUCGGGCUAAAAGGAAACUCGGGGAGUGUAAAAGAGAGGAAAAAAAACAUUUUUUUUCUCGUGUCAAAAUUGAAGUGAACUCCAAACGGAUUGUGGUAACAUACGAAAUCUCGAUUUUCCCGUUGUUUGCGGAAGAAAUUAGUUCAAUAUCUAGAGAAAUAAGUACACACCUGAAAAUUCCAUGUAAAUUCCACCUACAUAGCCUGACACCACAAGGAUACAUUUCGAAUAGAAAAUUAUCAUCGAUUUGCUGUACUCAAGAGGAACCACAGUGAUAUUUCCGUGUGCAAGCAAACUUUUGAUUUUGAGUGCCCCAUUUUUUUUUAUUUGCGUGUAUAACUCGUUGCUGCUCUUUUUUAUCCUGUCUUUUGUGUGUGCAACAUAGUUUUUGAAUGUCGAUAGAACUAUAUUAGUGUCAUUGUGAUCCUUGUAGUGGUUAAAAUUUACAAUUUUUUUCGUUAACUUUUCUUCCAAUAUUUUUCGAUGUGCUAAGGAACAUAUAAUAUUCCACACAGAUGUACCUGUUCUAGAAAUUAUCUAAAUUACACACUUGCCACAGUACAAAUGGUGUUUGUUAUCAAAUCAAAACAAAAAAAGUGAAUUUUUAAUCUGAAAAUUCAAUCCAAAUAAAUCGAACCGAAAUUGUUUUGUUUAGUUUUUGGUGCAGGAAAAAAAACACUCGAUCAAAAAAUCCUAUAAUCAAGCCACGUAUUAUUUUCCUUGUCGACAGCACAUAAAAUAUUGAAUUAGUGCAUUUUUAAGCAGUGUUUCCUUAAAUUCGAUUUCAAUUGAAAACUAAUGACAAAAUAAUGACCUCAAUUUGGCUGCUCUUUUACCAUCGAACCAUCUAAAACGAAUUUCACAGCUAAAAUUAGUGAUUAAUUUGAUUCAUUUUUCGAAUAUAAACAGUGCAUUCGGCGGUGCAAACAUAGUUUCGAGUGAGAAUUUGAAAUGACACUGCUUGAAAUCCAAACCAGAGACGUUCAUCAGUGAAACCAACACCGAAUGAAUAUAUGGAAAUAAAUUGGCGACAAAAAAUUUGUGUAAAAAGUAAUACUCAACGCAUUUAAUUGAAAAGAUAGCUGAAUUUUGGAAGACGACAAACGACAACAGAGAGAGAGAAAGAAAGAGAGAGAGAGAGAGAGAGAGAGAGAAAGAGAGAAAAGCUUACGAACAAAAUGCCAGUGAAAAAACAAGAGGCACAUCGUGCGCUAGAGCUGUUGGAAGACUAUCAUUCACGUCUUUCAGCGCCACAAGAUCGAACCCUACGGAUUGCAAUCGAACGCGUCAUUCGGAUAUUCAAAUCGCGGCUAUUCCAAGCAUUAUUGGAUAUCCAGGAAUUCUACGAAUUGACAUUGUUAGAUGACACAAAAACCAUUCAACAGAAAACAGUGGAAACACUCCAAAUUGCAUCAAAGUGGGAGCAAGAAAAUUCGUUGAAAAUCAAUGCAUCGGAGACAAAGGAAUCUGCUAUGAACAAUGCACAUUUGCCAUUGACACAAGCAUUGAUCAAUUUAAAGGAGCAGCAAGAGUUAGCAGAGAGCCAGAAUCAGCGUUUUAAAACCGAAAAUGAGAAAUCGAUUUCGAAGAGUGAAUCGGCGAUCAGUAAUGUGGACGCAACCGUAAAGAAGAAUGAAUCUCCAUUAAAACUAUUGACACAUUCAUCUGGGUGUAAAAAUUGUGUGAACGGCGACGAGAGUUGGGCACAAGAAGAAAUCACCCUUGAACGUGGUUCAUCUGGGUUGGGAUUCUCCAUUGCUGGAGGUACCGAUAAUCCUCUCACAUCAGGAGUGGAUACAUCCAUUUAUAUAACAAAAUUAAUACCCGGCGGUGCUGCGUCAAAUGAUGGUCGUUUACGUGUUAACGACUGCAUCAUAGCGGUAAAUGAUGUGUCCGUAGUCAAUGUUCCACAUGCAGCGGCGGUUGAAGCGCUCAAGAAAGCCGGAAACGUGGUGAAAUUGAACAUAAAACGAAAACGACCACCAACUACACCGAAGUCCAUUGACAUUGAUUUAGUGAAAGGGAACAAAGGAUUGGGCUUUUCGAUUGCCGGUGGCAUCGGUAAUCAACAUAUUCCCGGCGACAAUGGAAUUUACGUUACAAAAGUGAUGGAAGGUGGUGCUGCGCAUGUUGAUGGCCGCUUAUCGAUCGGUGACAAAUUAAUCGCCGUCAGAACCGCCAGUCACGGUGAACGUAAUCUAGAAAAUGUAACACAUGAAGAGGCCGUUGCAACACUCAAAUCAAUUACUGACAAAGUCACAUUAGUCGUUGGUAAAACGAAUCUUGGCCUCAACAAUACCACCAAUUCGAUCGGUUUAUCGAAUUCAAAUUCACAAUCAACAAGUGCCGUUAAUAGUAUAGGCCAAACUGUCGUCGAUUAUGGGCGCUCACAGUCACCAGCAGCGCCAGCAGCUUCAUCACGUUCACAUUCGCCUCACCUGGAGAGCUCAUCAAGAUAUGCAUCAUCAAAUGUGCUGGCGGCAGUGCCACCAGGAACACCAAGAGCUGUCAGUACGGAGGACAUUACAAGAGAGCCGCGAACCAUCACAAUAAAAAAAGGUACACAAGGUCUUGGAUUCAAUAUAGUCGGCGGUGAAGAUGGCCAAGGUAUUUAUGUGUCGUUUGUAUUGGCGGGCGGUCCGGCUGAUGUUGGUGGUGAAUUGAAACGUGGCGACCAAUUGCUAAGUGUCAAUGGUGUCAAUCUACGAAGUGCAACACAUGAAGAAGCAGCUCAAGCUCUCAAGAGCUCUGGCGGUGUCGUAAACUUAGUUGCUCAGUAUCGACCUGAAGACUAUAACCGGUUUGAAGCACGAAUCCAUGAGUUGAAACAACAAGCUGCCAUAAAUGCCGGCACCGGUACACUUUUGCGAACAUCACAAAAACGAUCAUUAUAUGUGCGAGCACUAUUCGAUUAUGAUCCAAACCGAGAUGAUGGUCUACCAUCACGGGGGCUUCCUUUCCGACAUGGUGACGUCUUACACGUGACAAACGCAUCCGACGAUGAAUGGUGGCAAGCUAGACGAGUCAUCGGUGAUGGUGAAGAAGAAGGUAUGGGCAUUGUUCCAUCAAAACGUCGUUGGGAACGGAAAAUGAGAGCACGGGAUCGCAGCGUCAAGUUCCAGGGACAUGCAGCUAAUAAUAAUGUUGAUAAGCAAUCAACACUUGAUCGAAAAAAGAAGAACUUCACUUUUUCGAGAAAGUUCCCGUUCAUGAAAAGCAAGGAUGACAAGAACGAAGAUGGUUCAGAUCAAGAACUCGCACAAAAUGGAACAAAUCACACUGAAGAAAUUAGUCAAGAUUAUCAGCCUUUUAUGCUUUGCUAUACACAAGAUGAUGCGAACGCUGACGGAGGCGAGAUUAUCUACAGAGUGGAGUUACCCGACAUGGAGCAGAUAACGCUAAUCUACCUGGAGAAUAACGAUGCUGACUAUUCUUCAGAUGAGAACGUUUUGUCAUAUGAAGCAGUUCAACGUCUUUCUAUCAAUUAUACGCGACCUGUCAUUAUCUUGGGACCAUUGAAGGAUCGCAUCAAUGACGAUUUGAUCGCCGAGUAUCCGGAUCGCUUUGGAUCAUGUGUUCCACAUACGACGCGACCAAAACGAGACUACGAAGUUGAUGGUCGAGAUUAUCACUUUGUUGGAUCUCGCGAGCAAAUGGAGCGAGAUAUUCAAAAUCACCUAUUCAUUGAAGCUGGUCAAUACAAUGAUAAUCUGUAUGGAACGUCUGUAGCUAGUGUCAAGGAAGUUGCGGAAAGUGGCAAGCAUUGUAUCCUAGAUGUGUCCGGCAAUGCGAUCAAGCGCCUCCAAGUCGCCCAAUUGUAUCCAAUUGCAAUAUUCAUUAAACCAAAAUCUGUGGACUCUAUCAUGGAAAUGAAUCGUCGAAUGACGGAAGAACAAGCAAAGAAAACAUUUGAGCGGGCUCUCAAGAUGGAGCAAGAGUUUGGUGAAUACUUCACUGCCGUAAUUCAAGAAGAUACGAUCGAAGACAUUUAUACCAAAGUGAAGAACGUCAUAUGGUCACAAUCAGGACCAACAAUUUGGGUACCAUCAAAAGAGAAUCUUUGACCAUCAGCAACUACAACGUGGACGCUACCGCCACGUGUUCGAGCCCGACCUGUCUCGAGAUCUGGUGUAAAUCACCAUUGAAACAUAGCGAGUUUUUAAACAAAAACGAUUUAUCAUGAUUAACAUUUGGAAUGAAUAUUUGGUGUGUUCACUGAUGCUGAUGUGAACAAAAUGAAAACGAGCAAAAAGAGCAGUAACAAAAAUAAUUGGAAAUAUCAGUCGAAAUGAAGUUAAUAGAGUUUGGGCAGUGGGUAAGGUAAAGGAUAGCAUGAAAAUCACAACAAAUUCGAAUCGAGUCUUGGCAUUUGGAGGGACACACACACACACACACACACAAGCCACGAAACAAACAUUCGCUGCAAUGCCAAAAAAUAAAAAAACAAAUAGUUGAGAAAAAAAAUCCUGAUGGAUCGAUCAUUUUUUUGCCGAGAACAAAAUAAAAUGCAAAUAAUGUUAUUAUUUGUGUGCCGACAGUUUGAUCAUAUAGAGUUUAUGUUGUUGAAUCAAAAAAAAUCGCAAAAACAAAACCCGCAAAAAAAGAACAGAAAUCAUAUUGCAAAUUAUAAAACAAAAGCACGUUUGUUAAGUAGAGCCAAAACCAUGACCUUUCAGUACUGAAAAUGAAUUAUAUAUAUAUGAUAUAUCUCUCUCUAUUUAUCCGAAUAGAAAAAAAAACUACGUUCUGACUGUUUCAGAUUCAUAUUUUAUCAUUGGUCAGAUCGAUCCCCAGAUGUAAUCACCGUAUUUCGCCGUAGUCGUUUCUAGCAAAUAAAUCGAACUUUAAAAGGAAAAACAAAUUAAUAAACAUUACAACUCGAAUGAUACAAGUCCUUAAACAAAACAAAACUUGAAAAAAAAACUCCUUAAUACAGCUCAUUAUCGUCUGUGUGGCUGGGUCGAACAAAUGUUUUUUUUUCUCUAUAUCUAUUUUUUCUGUCUUAUAUAUUUGUGCUCAACAACAGAAGCAGCAGAGAAAUAUAUACAUAUAAAUACAUAUAUCAACUCAAAAGAAAAACAACCAACAUAUAAAUUUAAAACAAACAAAACCCGUCAAAGCGUCCUCGUCUCGUUUUAAGAUAUCUCUGCUGCUGCAACAACAACCACAACAAAAUGUUUAACGUAUUUCUUUAUUGUUUCUUAUUAAAACAAUAAAAAACAAAUUAUAUUUAUAUUUUUAUUUCGACAUAAGUGUCCGUUCACAUUUAGAGUGAAAGAAGAACAAAGCAAACACUUACUUUUCAUUUCGACAAGGAAAAACAAUUUAAAUAUUUUAGUCUAGAGUCAUAAUAAAUUAUAGCUGUUAUUAUAUUAUAUUAGAGACGAAAGGGACCGUUUAUGGGAGUAAAUCAAAGCAGUUAAAAUCGGAUUAAUUCUGUAAUCUUAUUACUUAAUUUGAACAACAUAAAAAACAAAAAUAUAAAGAGAAAAUCCCCGAAUAUGAAAUAAAAGUUGAAAAAAAGCAACAACAAAAAAAA